UGAGGCGGCGCUGGGGCGAGCGGAGCGCAGGGCGCAGGGGCUGGACCCGGCGCGGAGCUAGCUGAGCCGAAGCGCACCGUCCUUUGUGCCGCGCGACCGCCCCGGGAUGCGUCCGAGCUAGGAGCCAGAUCCAGGAUGGGGGCCACGUUUGUCUGGGCCUUGGGCCUUUUGAUGCCGCAGAUGCUGCUCUUUGUGGCUGGGGAACAGGGCACACAGGAUAUCACCGAUGCCAGCGAAAGGGGGCUCCACAUGCAGAAGCUGGGUACUGGGUCCGUGCGGGCUGCGCUGGCGGAGCUGGUGGCCCUGCCCUGUCUCUUUACCCUGCAGCCACGGCCAAGCGCAGCCCGAGAUGCCCCUCGGAUAAAGUGGACCAAGGUGCGGACUGCAUCGGGCCAGCGACAGGAUUUGCCCAUCCUGGUGGCCAAGGACAACGUCGUGAGGGUGGCCAAAAGCUGGCAGGGACGAGUGUCGCUACCUGCCUACCCCCGGCGCCGAGUCAACGCCACGCUACUCCUGGGGCCGCUGAGGGCCAGCGAUUCUGGGCUCUACCGCUGCCAGGUGGUGAGGGGCAUCGAGGAUGAGCAAGACCUGGUGCCCUUGGAGGUGACAGGUGUUGUGUUCCACUACCGGGCAGCCCAGGACCGCUAUGCACUGACUUUCGCUGAGGCCCAGGAGGCCUGCCAUCUCAGCUCAGCCAUCAUUGCAGCCCCUCGGCAUCUACAGGCUGCCUUCGAGGAUGGCUUUGACAACUGUGAUGCUGGCUGGCUCUCUGACCGCACUGUUCGGUAUCCUAUCACCCAGUCCCGUCCUGGUUGCUAUGGUGACCGUAGCAGCCUUCCAGGGGUUCGGAGCUAUGGGAGGCGCAACCCACAGGAACUCUACGAUGUGUAUUGCUUUGCCCGGGAGCUGGGGGGAGAGGUCUUCUACGUGGGCCCGGCCCGCCGCCUGACACUGGCUGGCGCGCGUGCACAGUGCCGCCGCCAGGGUGCCGCGCUGGCCUCGGUGGGACAGCUGCACCUGGCCUGGCAUGAGGGCCUGGACCAGUGCGACCCGGGCUGGCUGGCCGACGGCAGCGUGCGCUACCCGAUCCAGACGCCGCGCCGGCGCUGCGGGGGCCCAGCCCCGGGCGUGCGCACUGUUUACCGCUUCGCUAACCGGACUGGCUUUCCUUCGCCCGCCGCGCGCUUCGACGCCUACUGCUUCCGAGCUCAUCACCCCACAUCACAACAUGGAGACCUAGAGACUCCAUCCUCUGGGGAUGAGGGGGAGAUUCUGUCAGCAGAGGGGCCCCCAGUUAGAGAACUGGAGCCCACCCUGGAGGAGGAAGAGGUGGUCACCCCUGACUUCCAGGAGCCUCUGGUGUCCAGUGGGGAAGAAGAACCCCUGAUCUUGGCGGAGAAGCAGGAAUCUCAACAGACACUCAGCCCUACCCCUAGGGACCCCAUGCUGGCCUCAUGGCCCACUGGGGAAGUGUGGCUAAGCACGGUGGCCCCCAGCCCUAGUGACACGGGGGCAGGCACUACAGCAAGUUCACACACAGAGGUGGCCCCAACUGACCCUACGGCUAGGAGGAGGGGGCGCUUCAAAGGGUUGAAUGGGCGCUACUUCCAGCAGCAGGAACCGGAGCCGGGGCUGCAAGAGGGGAUGGAGGCCAGCGCCCAGCCCCCAACCUCAGAGGCUGUGGGGAACCAAGUGGAGCCUCCGCUGGCCAUGGCAGUCACAGAGAUGUUGGGCGGUGGCCACAGCCGGAGCCCCUGGGCUGAUCUGACCAAUGAGGUGGAUAUGCCUGGAGCUGGUUCUGCUGGUGGCAAGAGCUCCCCAGAGCCCUGGCUGUGGCCCCCGACCAUGGUCCCGCCCAGCAUCUCAGGCCACAGCAGGGCCCCUGUCCCGGAGUUAGAAAAAGCCGAGGGCCCCAGUGCCAGGCCAGCCACCCCAGACCUGUUUUGGUCCCCGUUGGAGGCCACUGUCUCAGCUCCUAGCCCUGCCCCCUGGGAGGCAUCCCCCUUGGCCACCUCCCCAGAUCUCCCUAUGAUGGCCAUGCUGCGUGGUCCCAAACAGUGGAUGCUACCACACCCCACCUCCGUCUCCACUGAGGCCAGUAGAGUUGAGGGACAUGGUGAGGCCAUGGCCACGGCUCCACCUUCCCCUGCUGCAGAGACCAAGGUGUAUUCCCCGCCUCCCUUUUCGACCCCGACAGGACAGGGUGGAGAGGCCACGCCCACAACACCUCAGUCCCCCAGGGCAGACUUCAGAGAAAUUGGGGAGACCAGCCUUGCUCAGGUCCACAAAGCUGAGCACCCCAGCUCCAGCCCAUGGCCUUCUGUAAACAGGAAUGUGGCUGUAGGUUUUGACCCCACUGAGACUGCCACGGAGCUAACGGGCCUCAGGGGCAUCUCGGGGUCUGAGUCUGGGGUCUUCGACACAGCAGAAAGCCCUACUUCUGGCUUGCAGGCCACUGUAGAUGAGGUACAGGACCCCUGGCCCUCAGUGUACAGCAAAGGGCCGGGUGCAAGCUCCCCAUCUGCCCCCUCGGGAAGCCCUGGAGUCUUCUUGGUACCCAAAAUCACCCCGAGUUUGGAGCCUUGGGUUGCUACAGAUGAAGGACCCACUGUGAAUCCCAAGGAUUCCACAGUCACGCCAGCCCCCAGUGAUGCUAGUGGAAUUUGGGAACGUGGAUCCCAGUUGUUUGAAGAAGCUGAAAGCACCACCUUGAGCCCUCAGGUGGCCCUGGACACAAGCAUUGUGACGUCCCUCACGACCGAGCAGGGGGACAGGGUUGGAGUUCCAGCCGUGUCUACACUGGCCUCCUCAAGCUCCCAACCCCACUCAGAGCCAGAGGAUCAGGUGGAGACCCAGGGAACAUCAGGAACUUCAGCGCCUCCUCAUCAGAGCAGCCCCCUGGGGAAACCGGCUGUUCCUCCUGGGACACCGACUGCAGCCAGUGUGGGCGAGUCUGCCUUAGUUUCCUCAGGGGAGCCUACGGUACCAUGGGACCCCUCCAGCACCCUGCUGCCUGUCACCCUGGGGAUAGAGGACUUCAAACUGGAGGUCCUGGCAGGGAGUCCCGGCGUAGAGAGCUUCUGGGAGGAGGUGGCAAGUGGAGAGGAGCCAGCUCUGUCAGGGACCCCUACGAAUGAGGGUGCGGAGGAGGCACACUCAGAUCCCUGUGAGAACAACCCUUGUCUUCAUGGAGGGACAUGUAAUGCCAAUGGCACCAUGUAUGGCUGUAGCUGUGAUCAGGGCUUUGCCGGAGAGAACUGUGAGAUUGACAUUGAUGACUGCCUCUGCAGCCCCUGUGAGAAUGGAGGCACCUGUAUCGAUGAGGUCAACGGCUUUGUCUGCCUUUGCCUCCCCAGCUAUGGGGGCAGCCUUUGCGAGAAAGACACCGAGGGCUGUGACCGCGGCUGGCACAAGUUCCAGGGCCACUGUUACCGCUAUUUUGCUCACCGGAGGGCAUGGGAAGAUGCUGAGAGGGACUGCCGCCGCCGCUCCGGCCACCUGACCAGCGUCCACUCACCAGAUGAGCACAGCUUCAUUAAUAGCUUUGGGCACGAAAACACGUGGAUCGGCCUGAACGACAGGAUCGUGGAGAGGGAUUUCCAGUGGACGGACAACACCGGGCUGCAAUUCGAGAACUGGCGAGAGAACCAGCCGGACAAUUUCUUUGCGGGUGGCGAGGACUGUGUGGUGAUGGUGGCGCAUGAAAGCGGGCGCUGGAACGAUGUCCCCUGCAACUACAACCUACCCUAUGUCUGCAAGAAGGGCACAGUGCUCUGUGGUCCCCCUCCAGCAGUGGAGAAUGCCUCACUCAUCGGUACCCGCAAGGCCAAGUACAAUGUCCAUGCCACUGUAAGGUACCAGUGCAAUGAAGGAUUUGCCCAGCACCAUGUGGCCACCAUUCGAUGCCGGAGCAAUGGCAAGUGGGACAGGCCCCAAAUUGUCUGCACCAAACCCAGACGUUCACAUCGGAUGCGGCGACACCACCACCACCACCAACACCAUCACCAGCAUCACCACCACAAAUCCCACAAGGAGCGCAGAAAACACAAGAAACACCCAACGGAGGACUGGGAGAAGGAUGAAGGAAAUUUCUGCUGAAGAACCAGAAAAAAAGAAAGCACAACACCUUUCCCACGCCUCCUCUGGAGCCUUCCCCUGGGGAGACAGAACCCAGAGAAACAAGAGAGUCCAGAAGUCCCCGAACCCCAAACCACAUCCCCCCACACAUAAUCCUUUGUACAAAGCUCCUCUUCCCUUUUUUUACAUACGCAAGAUCCUCUUGGCAGGUGGAGCCAGGUGUCUGAAAAGUCCAUUCUCGUCUGGCUGAACUCUGGGAGCGUCUCCCAGCUGAGGGAAGCACAAGUAGCAAAGCUCAUUGGUCUGGUCUCUUGUUUGCCAGGCUGAUUGAAGCAGGCCUUGAUGAGGGUGCAUGAGUGUAUGUUUGCAUUCACAUGAAGGAAUUGCUUUUCACACCAGAAAUUCAGACUUAGUCAAUGUUGGCUGAAUUCCUAAGUCCAGGAAGAAGCCUGGACGUAGGGUCAUUAGCUUUGGGAAUAGAAGGCUACACAGAAGCACACUGUUUUUGAACCUGACAACAGCUCUCCCUUUACCCUGGGCUUCAGCCCAAGUUCUGUCUUUGGUCUUGGUGGAUAAACACAUACAGUGUGGAAAUCCGAUGUACUGCAUUUUAGGGAUGUUUUUAGGACAACCUCCCUCCAUGCCAUCAGAGUUAGGAGUGAGAAUAAUCAAAGCAAUAUGUAGGUGAUGGAGGGAGAGUGUAUUGCUAACCCUUCCAGGUCUAGUCCAGUGCUGAGAUUUGGUGGUUCUGCAUGUGUGAUUAAUCUCUUUCACACAAAUAGACGAGAGGAUAUUUAGGGCUAGAUGAGCCCAGAUUUCUUCCCCCUCCAUCUCUCAGGGAGACAAAGAACCUCCUUCCUGGACCAAGGAGGUGCUGCCAAGUUUUCUAGCCCAGUGCCCGUACCCAGUCCUCAAGCAGACAUUGGUAGUGCCCCUGCCCUGGGUCCCACCCCUGCCCCACCCCACCCUUUUCCCUGGCCAUUGCCUGGUGGUCUAGAAACACUUAAAACUUGAAGUAGUGACACCUACCUGCGGUCAUAUUGUAGAGAGAUGCUCAGUGUUAAAACUGAAACACACACACACACACACACACAUUUUUCUCUUGUAGAUUUUAAUUUUUUAAGUGGGAAAGAACUCACCUUGUCUUCCUCCCCCAAAUGUGCAACCUGUGGAAGGUCUCUCCACACCAGAGGCCAGGAUCCAGUUCCCUCAUCUCUGGCAGGAAAGAUUCACAGCUUUUCCUCCAUGUCUGUUACCCACUUUCAGCAGUCUGGGUAAAAUCUGUGGAUUAGGGUUAAAAACACUGUGGAAAAUGGACCUCUUCAGGAAAGAAAAAUAAGAAAAUGCAUGGACCUCCUAGGGGUUCAGUAAAGAAAGAAAUGUGUUAAUUGAGCCUGAAUCCCUUCUGGGAAGUAAUAAUGACCAUUGACAACUAAGAAGUAGACACCAUGCUAAGGAUUUACAUACAAUCUCCUUGAAUUUUCUCAAUAGCCCAUUGACUUAGAAACUGUUACUUUCCCAUUUUACACACAGUGAAACUGAGGCUCAGAUAUAAAGGAAAGGUACUGGCUUGAAGUCACAACCACGACAGGAGUAAGGAUUUGGAGUAAGGAACUGUGGCUCUCCUUAUACUUGAUCUUCAUCACCAAAUCCUUACUCCAAAUCCAGGAGUCAGAGCCAACUCCUAUCUUGGCUCUGACCCAAAUCCUGCUCUGGACUCUGGAGAGUAGACUGAAACAUAAUUGCACCCUCAUACACAUUUAGGAGAUGGUUAAGAAGUGUAAACUGAACCCUGAUCUUUGUCUUCAAUCUUCCUCCCUGUAGACAUCUAUCUUAUUAUGGUUAUUAUUCAGAAAACCCAGGGAUACAGGUUUGUCUUCUUACUUUGAUAACUCUUCUUAGUUUAAAAUAAUAAUAAUAACACAUCUUUGGUCAUCCAUGUCACACAAAAUUUUUCCUUUGUUUGGGGGGGGCGGGGGAUGCAGGGGUCUGGGGAUGCAAUGUUUUUUGGGGGGUCUUGGUUUAUGCUGCCUGCCCUUGUGCCCCUCAGCCAUUUGCCCUGCUCCCACCUCGGCUCCACGGUGGGAAGGGGCUCUGGUCUUUUCUAAAGUGGGUGGUUUGUCUUUUGAUCUUUCCCUUUGGGAUGUGCGUGUGUGUCUGCGUGUGCCAUGUGUGUGGCACGCAUGAGUGUGUGUGCGUGUGAACGGCUUUGAGUCCUGCUGGUUUUGCUGUGAGCUGCAGUGUUCUGUGGGUCUGUGGUAUCUGACACUGUGGAUAUUAAUGUACUUCUUGGACAUUUUAAUAAAUUUUUUAACAGUUCAACCUGCCUGUCA